AUCGAAUUCGCGCGAGCCUUUUGUUGGUGUGACGUCGCGGAUGGCGAGAAGAGGCCGUGCGGACAUACUAGGGUUGACAUUUUUUCUAAUGUCGACGCAUGAUUAUUGCCGAUGUCGGGAUGGGCACGAGCAGAAUCAGAGCGAUUUUGCAGCCCGAGAAGCCCUUUCCGGGCUAGGUUUCCGGCUGACUUCACGGACAUCGAAAGGAUAACAGAUUAUGAAAGGCUGUCGAGGCGGGGCGGGGUGGGGCGAGGUGACAGACGACGCCAAACAGGCCAAAAAACUCUUUUUCCGUUGUGCGCUGUUGAUGGAGGAGGCAGUGAUUUCGAGAGAGGCCACAAAAGGAUAUGGAGCAAGGUCACGAAACCAUUGACAGACUUUUCGGAAAGGGUUGCGCUUUCUCUCUUCUUCUCUCCGACCUUCGCAGGCAGGGCCGUUUGCCAGCGACCUAGGCAGCGAGUCAACACUUGUCUCGCCGUGGACAAGGUUCAAGGGGCGGAAGGCCCAGACGUGUGCUUGAAAACAGCAUCUCGUGUAACUCGAGCUCCCAGAGAAUCGCAUGUUCGACAAAAAAUUCGUUGGACCCCAAACUUCCAGCUGCGAAGCGGAACAGGGGGCGUCAACAGGAAGAAGGCGGGGGAGGAAUGAUUGAAUAUCUCCGAGCCAUUGACAGCAUGCACAACAGAAUUUGUAAUCUUGUGAAAGGGGGCGAGUGUGCGACGACGUGGCCUCUUGCAUUCACUCCUGCGCUGUGCAGUCUUCGCUCGACAUUCUUGUCAACAGCAUCAUGUGCGCAGAUCUUACCUCCCAAUUGUCCGCAAAGUAAGAAAAAAUCCUCCACUUCUGGUCCCUGCCAGUGACUAAACUAAACUACUGGUUCAAGAGACAUGCCACCAACAGAAACACGCAAUCUCCAUAAACGCAACCCGAACAUUUCCGUCUGAGCGUCUGGGAUUACUUCUUACUUUGACCGGUCUUGCAAUCCAGCUCCGCCCAGCAUUAAUUCGGAGCUUUGAGGCAUGGCACGACGAUGAGACAAAGAUCGGGAGCUCGAGUCCAAACUUGCGCUGAUUGGUCGACCGCAAAAGGCGAGAGCGCUACGCUCCGCUACGAGCAUGGGUCGAUGUAAUGGGCAUCUGGGGCCGAGCGCCAUCAACGUUACCUCGAGCAGACGGUGGAUGUUACUGCGUACAUUUCUACCCUCGGUCAAUCUGCCCAAAGUCCGUCGUCACCUUGGGCAGUGUUUGGGCGUUCUUUCGGCCGUCAGAAAUCUGUCCGAUUGACUAAACUGCAACGUCGGUGGAAAGCUGAUGCACCUGACGUCAGAGUACCGGUUUCGCCGUUGCCUUACACAAGUCCUCGACGGCUCUUCCAACGCAAGUUUCUCAGCGUCGGAGAGCGGAGGUCCAUGCUUCUUGGAUUGUCGAUCACGCUUUAUCGCACUCCAGGAGCAUCAUUAAUUAAAUCGUAAGUAUCGAUCUUGGAUCAGGGCGAGUUGGAGCCUCUAAGUUGACAAGGUCUGAUUUUAUUGGCAAGUUGGAAAGAAAACUGACGACAUGGUUGGAAAAAGAAUGGAGAAAGCAUUACUCGACGCCUCUAAUCUAAUAUAGCACUUGCGUGAACUUGGAGGGAGAAACAUAACCUCACAAUACAUCGAUCUUUCGAACGUUGCCUGCCAAAUCAUACUGGUAUCAUUGUCUUUACUUUGUCGUAUAUUUUAGAUGACACGUAUCAUUAUUAUGCAUAGAUUGUGCACUAACAUGAAUGCUCUCUUAGCGUUCAUGUUAGGCAAUGAUUCUCUAAACGCUCAC